UAUCCAGAUGUGAAUCCAUGCUUAUUAUGUGGAAAAGAAAUUUAUUCUGCAUUGAAUUCACCAUACAAAGAAUUUACCUUAGCUUUGUGUAAAUACAUCUUUCACCAGAAGUAUCUCGAAAAGUAUCUAGUAAAUGAUACUACCUCUAAGCAAGUGAAUUUAGGAGAUAAAAUACCUAUUGAUGAAACCAGUGAUGUAUAUUUUCGAUGUCCCAAACAUUUUGAGACUAUCCCACACUAUAUUUUAAAAUGUCUCACAUUAAGUCCCAAUGUCUCAGGCCAUAUCCCAAAAAUUUCCCAUGACAAUACUGAUGAGACUGAUAUAAUUCUUAUGAAUGAACUAGGAAUAUUAGUGGAAAGGAACAAAGUUCAUAUAAGACUAUUAUGA